AUGGGCUUCACCAACCUCGCGCUGACCCUCGGCCUCCUGGCCACCACCCUCUCCUCCCCAGCACACGCUCAGAAUCCCACCGGAACCCUCUACACUGACAAGGCCACAAAUAUCACCUUCUCCACCUGGUCUAUCCCGGCCUCGCAGUCAUCCGAGUCGCAGGCCAGCCCCUUAACAUUCGGCCUCACCCUCCCCUCAAAGGCUCUCGAAACGGACGCGACUGACUUAAUCGGAUAUCUCCACUGCUCAUCCCCUACCGGCUGGUGCGGAAUCUCCCUCGGCGGCUCAAUGACAGACGCCCUGCUACUCGUCGCCUUCGUCGACAGCAACACCGUCAAACACACUCUCCGCUACACAACCGAGUACGCCCUCCCAGCUGCGUAUACUGGGAAUGCAACUGUAUCGCCGAUCCACUCUGACGUGAGCGAGGAUUCAUUCACGACGAUCGUCCACUGCAAGGACUGUCUACACUGGGAACAGAAGGGGAGUUCUGGGCGCGCGAGCACGAGUUCCGGGCAGAUGGACCUUGCGUAUGCUCUUUCCUCUGAGAAGCUCGUAGGUGCGGCCGGGUGCGCGGAUGAGGCGAGGUUUGUGCGGCAUAGCCAGCAGGGAACUUGGAUUGCGUUUUUGGAUGAGGGGGCUGUUGCGGAGAGUUAUAGAGACUGGGUUGGUUUGACCAGGGAGGGAAACAAUGGAUGCUAG